AUGAGAUCCGCAGAGACUCCGUCUUCGCCCGCCUUCCCUUCCUUGGAUCCCAUUAUCAUGGACGAAGAGAUGGAGUCGACCUUUGGAAAUGUCAAUAUGGAUUUUCUCGACCCGUCAAAAUUGGACAUGCCUUCCGAUUCCGCUGGAGGCGAUUUCGACGAUUUGUUCUCCCACGUCACGCACCAAUCCCGUCCGAACGGUGCCGCAGAGUCAUCCAAACACUAUCAGCACCAACACCCCCUGAGGAAACCAACAGUAGCGACUGCGGACUCGCCCGCCGAGUCGCCGGACAAUUCAAGCCGCAGCUCCUCCUCAGAGUCUCCUCGAAAUCACCUGCGCCACACCUCCAUUACAUCCUCCAACUCUGCGGCUCAUAGCGAAAACAUAAUGGUCCCAACAGGAUUCACGUCGGAUGAUUGGAUGCGCCCGGACCUUUCUUCGGUGAAAGAGGAAUCCCCCUUCACGAUAGAUCCAUCAUACCCUGUAGACGGUGGGGCCCUCAUGGAUCAUUCGGAUUUGGAGUUCAGCAACAAGGCGAUGGAUGCGGCCUUUGAUUUUGAGAGUGCGGCGAGCAGUCCUAGCCCACUGAAGAUGGAGAUCCCAACUCAGGUCAACGGGCACAAGAUGGUGAAGUUGGAGCGAUGGAAGAACCACAAUACAUCGUCUAUCCCGGCAUCCGUGUCAAACGAUGCGCAUGCGGCGCCCUCGGCCUCCCGAGGUGAGACCCCGAUGUACGCCUUCGGUUAUGAUUUGAGGGAACAGUCGCCAUUUGCGAACCAAUUUGCAGCUGGUCAAGACCAGCCGUCUGUGGCUCAGUGGAACGGCCAGUCCCCGUCGUCUCUGUUGGAAGAAAGCUUCGGCGGAAUCAACAUGAACGGGCAGUCUCCCAUGAACACAUCCGUCUCCUCCAACAUGAACUUCGGCUCUCCGCAUCCGUUCCCAUUCUCGGGAAACAUCGCCUCUCCACAGGCUCAAUCGCAGGCAGAUGCUUCCAAAAAUAAGAAGCCUGUCUUGACCGUUCAUCCUACCUCUCUCAAGUCGCGUGUUGAAACCCAGAUCCCCAUUCGAUUGACUCUUUCGCCGCUACCAACCGGCGUCAAGAAGUUGCGACUCCCUUCUCACACCAUUUCAAAACUGAAAUUCCUCGCCCCACCUUCGACCGAGACUUCCUCCGAUACUCUGCAACUCUACACGAGUUUGGUUUGCACGAGCGCAAUGCAAGACCGGGACAAGCUCAAACGAGCUUUUGCACGAACCAGAGGCGAAAGCAAAUCGACCGGUGGGAGUGAUCUCGACGAGGAGCGCCCAUUGGAUGGUGGAGACGUCAAAAUAUGCGCUGGCUGUAUCCAGAGAGAACGCAAACGAGCGUCUCGGAAGAAGCAACGCAAGCCUGAGGAGGACGAGCUCUUUCAAAAAGAUGAAGAGAAACGGGUCAUUGUGUUCAAUACUAGCGAGAUCAAGGAAUGGACCGAGCCGCCCAAGUCCUCCACCGCGGACUACGGCGAAAUGCCUCCAGCUCCUCCGGGGUCAAUGCAGGUCGAAUUGCCGAUGCGAAUCGCCUGUUAUUGUCGGCACCAGAACGAGAAGCUCGGGUUCCAAGUCAUUUUUACGAUCAAGGAUCAUGGGAAUAAUGUUGUGGCACAGGCGAUUACCAAUUCGAUUAUGAUUACUGAUGACCACAAGACCCAGGCUCCUUCUGCUCCCCCGAUGACUGGUCCCUCUCCCUCGGUGUCCGAUGGAAACCAGAUGCCAGGUGUCACUGUGUUUGCCUCUGGGGAAAACGGUAAACCUGCAGCAGGUGCCUUUGGCUCGCCGCAGUCCCCCACAGACCUUCAAGGUCUUCAGCAGAGGUUCAAUUCCCAAUAUCAGCUCACACCGAGCUCCUUUGCUGCAGCGCACAAUAUGUCCAAUGGCGUUCAGCCUUCCUCUCAAAACUCCCGCAGUCUGUCUCGACAGGCGUCUCCUACGGAGUUUCAGGGUCCUUCAACCAAGCGACGAAAGCACAGUAAUUCCGGGCGAUUACCAUCUGAGCUGACCAUGACCCGAAUGGAAGGUAACCAGGCAUCAAGCUCGAGCAUGGGCAAUGUUACGCAUCUCGCAGCUGCCAGGGGCUUCGCAUCGCCCACUGAGCGGCCGUUCGUGGCGCCUUCGUCAAUGGCCGGGCAAUUGGGCAGCGGCCUACCCACCCCAACCCACAACACCGACAACAACCCCUUCUUCAACCCGACGCCCGCGCAGAGACAAAGCCUGGAUAGUCUGGCCCAGCAAAAUUUGAUCUCCGCACCCAACUCUGCUCAGCCUAGCCGUCCUGGGACCCCUGGUGGGUCAGGUCGCAACGCUUUCCAGGACCAAAAUCUUGCCCUUGCACUGGGUGCAACGUCUGCGAACCAGAUCUGGCCGUCCCUGGCCACCAACCCCCCUCGUCUACCUUCUGUGAUUCACAAGCUGGUUCCUGCCGAGGGCUCCAUCACUGGAGGAACAGAAGUGACGUUAUUGGGCAGUGGCUUCUAUCCGGGCAUGGAAGUGGUCUUUGGCGAUACUUUGGCAACCACCACGACCUUCUGGGGUGACAAGUGUCUCAACUGCCUUACGCCUCCGGCCCUCCAGCCAGGAUUGGUGGCCGUUGUAUUUAAGCACGAGCAUCCUACAUUUGGACAGGUGCAGCAACCUCAGCCGCUCAUGCCGAAGCAGCAGCAGUUCUUCCGAUACGUGGACGACCGGGAGCUUCAGAUGUACCGUUUGGCUCUGAAUAUUCUCGGACAGAAACUGGGUAGUCAGGCGGACGCAUUCCAAACUGCUCAGCAGAUCAUGGGAAGCGACCCGAACGCUCUCUUCAACAUGCAGAAGGAUAUGUCAGGGGCCGGAAAUGCUGGCGGCCACCAACGCCAAGUACCGGGGCACGAGUCUCAAGGCAAGUUUAGUGAUCUUGACUCGAAGAUGCUCACUUACCUUGAGUACAUCGACCUUGAUAACAACCCUCGCCCCCCGCGCUUCAACUCCCGCAGCGCCACUGGACAGACUCUUCUUCACUUUGCCGCGUCACUCGGCCUGACUCGAUUCGUUGCCGGUCUCCUGGCUCGUGGAGCUAAUCCCGACAUCCAGGAUAACACCGGCAACACGCCUAUGCACCUGGCUGCUCUCCAUGGUCAUGCUCACCUGAUCAACCGCCUCCGCCUGGCAGGGGCCAAUGCCAAUGCUCGCAGCUUGCGUGGAUUCACGCCGGCGGAUAUGGCGACAACCCUUCCUACACACCAGGCUGCUCUGCUUCCAUCGCGCCAUUACCGCUCCCGCAGCGCUGGUUCUCUCACAACCCGGCGCAGACAGAGCAGCUCUGCCUCACUCAGCUCGAUGUGGGGAACCUCGUCGACAUCAGGGUCCUUGGAUCACGCUGUUGACGACUCUGAAGAGUUUGAUGACAGCGAUGAUAUCGACAGCGAAGACUCCGACACGCCUUUGUAUCUCAGUCGCUCUCGUCGCUCCAGUGUUCAUCAAGACGCCAUGUCUCCCGCUGGAGACACCGCAGAUCAACCGGCUGCACCCGAUGCCCGUGGGUUCUCAACGGCUGCGAUUGUCGCGUGGAGAAACCACCUCGCCGGACAAAUUAACCAGUUCCAGCAAAGUGUCGCUAGUGCCUUCCCUAACAUUCCUGCUUUGCCACCCAUGCCCGCUAUGCCGGCGAUGCCUGCAAUGCCCACCAUGCCUGCAAUGCCCGACUACCACGCUAAUCAGGUGAUGCGGCGUAUCACCAACCUGGUGCCCCACCGUCCGACUGCACGCGACGGAUGGUGGGACCUAUUGAAGGGCAACACAGCUGUACAGACUCAAAACCAGCCGCCCUCUUAUGACGAGUUGUACCCACACCAACAAGACGACGCCGAAGCGAACGAUCUUAAGAAAUCGUCUCUUCUUCAUGCGGCCACUGAGGCAGCCUUGGACCAGCAUUUCGAGUCCCAAGAUAGUACUCCCGUUGCCUCAUCGUCGUCCUCCGCCGCUGGCACUGAGCAGACCUCCCAGACGGUGAAGGACGAUCUCAAGGACAUCACUAUUGGAAGCAAGCUUCUUUCCCGGGAACAGCAGAAGCAUCUCCGAGAACACCAAGCCCGCCGUAUGAAGGGGUUGGGAAGCGACAGGAAUCUCUACUUUAUCUGGAUUCCUCUACUCCUUCUUGUCGUGUGCGCUUGGAUUCGAAACUAUGUGCCUGGCAUUUGGCAGGGCGUCACGGAGAGCUACCAUUUUGUGAGAUCGCGCUACACACAGCAGGCUGUGGCAUUGGGGAUCUGA